AUGACCACGACUAUUACGAGUUUCCUCGAAGGCUAUCAUGAGCUCAAUGCGGCCGUUAUCGACGAGUUGAGCGAGCAGCCAAGUCCACUGGAGUUCAUGCGGUAUGUGGCAAGAAACCGGCCGUUCGUGGUAAGACGCGUGGCGACAGACUGGCAAGCGUAUCGAAGAUGGGACGCCGCCUACCUGCGACAGAUGAUGGCCGACGAGCAGGUUAAAGUUGCAGUCACACCACUGGGGAAUGCGGAUGCUGUGGUCGAACAAAGUGACGGCCACUUGCUGUUCGUGGAGCCGUAUGAGACCUAUCACUUAUUCAAUAACUUUCUCAACGAGAUACAGCGACCGAUUGCUAGUCGCGAGCCGCUGCCCGUCAAAUACGCCCAAACCCAGAACGACAACCUCCGCGAAGAGUAUGCGAGACUGCUGCCAGACGUGCCGUCCGACAUACCUUUCGCCCGCAUCGCUCUCGAUCAGUCCGCGGAUGCUGUCAACCUCUGGCUCGGUGACAACCGGUCAGUUACUUCGCUUCACAAGGACAACUAUGAGAACAUCUACGUCCAAAUACGUGGCCAGAAACACUUCGUCCUACUAGCACCGGCCGAUAUGCCGUGCGUGAACGAACAGAUGCUGCGCCAGGGCCGGUAUGUGCCGGCAACCUCUGCUAAUGGUCUCGAAGACGUCACGAACGCCUUCGCUAUUGAGAUCAGCGACAGCGAUGAGCGCAUACCGGUUGCUACAUGGGAUCCGGAUCUGCCGGAUGAGCGGACAACAGCAUAUACACACCUGGCGAAGCCUCUACGAGUCACCCUGAAUGAGGGUGAUAUGCUAUAUCUGCCCGCCAUGUGGUAUCACAAAGUCAGUCAGACGGUAGGUGCUGAAGGCUUUGCAUGUGCGGUCAAUUACUGGUACGAUAUGGACUUCAGUGGCUAUUUUUGGAGCAGUAAUGCCUUGGUCCGGGAUAUGGUGGAGGCUGAAAGGUUGACGCCCAAAUACCCAAAGCUUGAGAUGCAGAUUGAGCAGUAG